GUUGACAGCUCUGCAGUAUGCUUCUGUCUGAGAGAAAAUGGAUUUCCUGUUUUCAGCAACAACGUGGACUUUAGUUGCUCUCUUUGUCACCCUGUUAUUACUAUAUGGAAUCUGGCCGUACAGAUUUUUCAAAAAGAUUGGGGUAUCUGGACCAAGACCCCUACCUUUUGCUGGAACUCUGCUGGGUUUCUCAAAGGGAAUACUUACCUUUGACCGUGAAUGCCAAACCAAGUAUGGGGAUAUCUGGGGUUUGUAUGAGGGGCGAACGCCAUUGCUGAUGGUUGCGGACCCCGAGAUGAUAAAAACCAUCUUGGUGAAGGAGUGCUACACAGCAUUUACAAACCGCAGGAGUUUAAUUGGAGAUGGUGGACCUCUGGAUGAUGCAAUCACCACAGUGAAAGAUGAAAGGUGGAAACGAAUUCGCAGCACAAUAUCUCCAUGUUUCACCAGUGGAAGACUUAAGCAGGUUUUCCCUUUGGUCGUUCUAUAUGCAGACAGACUUAUGGAAAAAUGUGGACAAAUGGAUUUGAAUGAGCCCAUUCAUAUCAAGCAAUUUGUUGCACCAUUCAGUUUGGAUGUGGUGACCAGUGCUUCCUUCAGUGUGGAGAUUAACUCUAUAAAUAACCUCAAUGACCCUGUUCAUGCUCACAUGAAGAAGAUUUUGAACUUCAGAUUUUGGCCUUUUCUUGUAAUGUCUAUGUUUCCCUUUGGGCGUCACCUGCUGAAGCUCCUCAAAGUAGAGCUGAUGCCCAAAUCCAGUGUGGACUUUUUCUACGACAUCAUUAAGAAAUUUAAAGACCAGCACAGUGCCGAGGAAUCGACUCGGGGGGACUUCCUGCAAGUGAUGAUUCGGAGUGAAAUACCAGAAUCUGAUAUAAAGAGCGAACAUGAGCAACCCAGUAAAGGUUUGACGGAACAUGAGAUCCUAUCUCAGGCUUUGACGUUCAUCUUUGGUGGCUACGAGACAACCAGCACAACUCUGUCUUUCAUCCUUUAUAAUCUUGCCAUAAACCCAGAUGUCAUGCAGACAUUGCAAAAAGAAAUCGAUUGCCAGCUGCAGAAAAAUACCUCCAUUUCCUAUGAGGACCUGAAUAAUAUGGAGUACCUGGACCAGGUUCUUUGUGAGUCACAGCGUCUAAUUCCCACUGCACCUCGACUUGAGAGGACUUGCAAAAAGACGGUGGAGGUUAACGGCCUCACCAUCCCUGAAGGAACGUUAGUUGGCAUUCCAGUGCAUUUAUUGCACAUGGAUCCACGAUACUGGAGCUCUCCUGAACUUUUCAAACCAGAGAGGUUCAGCAAGGAGAAUGAGAAGGAUCUGAACCCCUACGCAUACAUGCCGUUCGGCCUCGGCCCUCGUAACUGCAUUGGGAUGCGAUAUGCGAUCCUGGUCAUGAAGAUGCUGAUUGUGCGCAUCCUGCAGAGUUACACUGUUGAAACAUGCAGAGACACCGUGCUUUUGAUUUUAAGUUUUCUAAAGCCAUUUUACAGCUUAUUCCCAUCAGACCUAAAAAAAAAUCAAAUAUUGUAUAACUCCUGAAAGUGUAAAAUGACACACUGACACACUGACCCAGCAGAUGAGCUCUUUUAGCAGAAGGCUCCUCUUACCCAGAUGCACCACUGAGCGCCACAGGAAAUCAUUCCUACCUGUGGCCAUCAAUCUUUACAACGCCUCCCUCAGUUACUCUAACACCCCCCCUCUGUAACUGUCAUCAUUUAUGCAUUCUCUGCACUGUUCACUAUCACUUCACUUGGAGUCCCAAGGUGAAGUGAUAUGACUAUUGUGAUAUGGUACUACCUUGUGUGAAAUGUUGUAAAUAUACUGUAUAUAUAACAAUGUGUGUAUUCUGGAGCAUGUAACAAAAGUAAUUUCCCCCU